AUGGGGGUUUUCCUACUGCCUAAGGGGCUAAUCAGGACCAUUGAGACUACCAUGAAUUCUUAUUUGUGGAAAGGUGGUGGCAGUGACAGGAAAUGCAUCAUUUGGAAAAACUGGAGCUCUAUGUGCAUGCCCAAGAAAUGGGGAGGACUUGGCUUUCGAGAUCUUCAUAGCUUCAACCUAGCUUUGCUCAGCAAACAAGCAUGGAGAUUAGCUACCGAACCCAAUACCAUGGUCUUUAAAGUCUACAAAGCAAGAUACUUCCCUAACUCUUCCUUUCUCGAUGCUAAAGUUGGUGCAAAUCCGUCCUUUAUUUGGAGCAUUAUGAUGGCGACCCAAGACAUAAUCCGCAAGCACUCAAGAUGGAGGGUAGGAGAUGGCUCUCAAACUAGUAUAUGGGGAGACAACUGGCUGCCGGACACCAACAAUCCUAUGGUUACGUCUUUCCCCUUUCCCUUCAUAGAGAACUCAAAGGUGGAGGACCUCAUUAAUCCCAAUACUCAUAAUUGGGAUGAACCACCAUCUGGGAAAUCUUCACAACUAGAGAUGCCGACCUCAUUAUGA